AUGAGCGAAACAAAUGGGUUGGAUGAAGCUAAUAAUGUAACACCAUCAGAAGCAAGUAAAAAUAAGAUUUUAAACUUAAUAAAAGGUAUUACUCUAAAUGAUAUUAAUGGUGAAGAAAUAGAAGAAAAUAAAGAAAAUUAUAUUACCGAGAGUGAUGAUGAAGACGGGGAAUCUGAAGGAAUUACAGAAUUUUUAAGAACAAUUGAAGAAGAAAGUCUAAACAAUUCAAAAGUAAUAGGAACAAGUUUAUCGGGUUACUGGGCUCCCAACCUCGCAAAAGAUAUUUUACGUGUAUGUAAAGACUUUCCAUUAUGGACAAAUGUUAUGAAAAUAUCAUUUAACUCAACUUAUGAUACUUCCACUUCAGCUUCAGUAGAAAGUGAUUUUGGUGACUUAAAACGAAAAACACUUCGUUACGAAGUUCAACCAAUGACCGCUGACAGAUUUGUGAUUAAGCAUCUGAAAGCUAUAGACAGUAACACUAAACUUUUCAGAAGUAAACAAUUAAGGCAUGAUUCAAGCACCGAACAUAUAAAAAAAUACACAUGACGAUAUUACUGUAGAUAAAAAAUCACCAGAAAAAAAUAUAAAACGAUCAUUAUUUGAAAAUUUGGAUGAAGGUAGUGAUUCAGAAGUGUCGGAAAUAUCAGAAGGUAGAAAUGAAAUGGAUGCAUUUGAUAAUUGGCGAGGAUUGGGAGAUAAUAAUGAAAUUGAAGUAAAUAUUAAUCAAAAGCCCAUUAAGAGAAAAAAAACUAAGAAUGACCACAUAUAUGGAUGUAGUGCCAGAAAUUGA